AUGACAGAGACACGUGAAGAAGUAAUAACAAAAUUAAUAAACCAAUUAAAUGAUUCAACAUAUGAAGAUGAUAAAAUUGAUGCAUUAACUAAUAUCUAUGUAAUGGCACUAGAGUUUCCUACUCUUAUUUUAAAUCACUUUAAUGAUAUUUUAGCAAAUACAUUUAGUUUAGAACACAGGGAGUUUCAAUAUAAAAUAUUAAGAAUUAUAUCUGCAUUUUCUGAUGAGUUGGUGAUUGACAAAGAAACUACGGUUAUUUUAUUUACUGCAAAUGCUUAUGAAGUUGGUUCAGUGCUUAACCUUUUUUAUUCAGAAAAAAUUUUUAGAGAAUUAAUUAAGUUUGAAGGUGUGAUACCUUUUGUAUUGAAUUUAGCUAGAAUUGGGCCAUUUAAAAUAUUUAAAAGAUUUCUUAUUUUAGAUGCUAAGUUUAAUGAAAAACUAUGUAUAACUGGUUUAUUUGAGGUUUUGGUGUGUAAACCGAUCAAAUAUGAGAAGUUAACAUUAAUUAAGAAAUUAAUGAAUGAAUCAUUGGUCAAUUCAGAAUAUUUUGUUAUGAAGCAAUAUCACAAGGAACUUAUUGAGUUAUUUGAUUUUCAAUUGUUUUGUUUGUGUUUGGAUACUAUGAUACCUGGAGUUAAAACUGAUUUUGAAAUACAAAAAUUACUAUAUAAGGCAAUUACAGAUCAAGAAUAUGAAUUUUUAUAUAAGAUGUCAGAUAACAAUACAAAGAUACUUAAUUUUUUAAUAAAAUCCCUGAAUUAUGAUGAGUUAGUAGAUUCUGUUGAUAGUAGUUAUUUUGGGGCUAGUUUGUUAGAGUUAAUUAUUUUAAAAGAUCCAUCUAAGAUAAAUCCAAAUCAAUCAAUAUUAACUAAUUUACUUUUAAAUCUCAAUGGUAUUGAUUGUGAACAGUUAAAUGUAUUUAGAAAUAAUUUAGAACUUAAUGAAGUUAAGUUGUGUUAUUUAAUAUUUUUUGUAGCUGAUAUAACACAAUAUUAUGAUCUGUUACUAGAGAAACUUCUUCAAUAUAAUUUCUUUAAAGAUACAGAUAAUAUAACAUUUCAAUUACUUGUAUUAUUAUUGAAUUUACAUAACAAGAGACAAAACCUAACAAACGAACAAAUUAUUUAUCUUUUAAGAAAACUAAGAAUAAAAUGUGAACAUUGUGUAUUUUCUAGACAAAUAGAUGGCAUACUUUCAACAACAAUAUCUGAAGUUAUAAAUGAAAUGGAAAAAUUAAUUAGAGAUGAACUUUUAUCAACAAAUAACAGUGAUGAGAUAAUUGAUAAGACUUAUUCCAAAUCUGUUAAACCUGAAGAAAAGCAAAUAGAACCUGAUAAUUCAAUGUUUGAUAUAAAUGAUUAUGAAAAAAUUAAUAACGGACUGCAAUACCUUUUUAAAUUUUUUAAAAGAUGA